AUGUCGCCAGCUGCCAUCGCAGAAGCGCAUAGAGAAGAUGCAUAUAUCGCCAACACCAAGGCGAUGAGUAAUGGAUCUUCAUCAUAUAUGAAUGGAAGAGCCGUUCAACUUGGCAUGAAGAGAACCACAUUCCUACUUGAUCGACAUCUCCAUAAAGAAUUCCCAGUCAUCGUACGAGGAAGUGGAAGCAAUCUUUACACUAAAGACGGACGAGUCAUAUUUGAUGCCACAUCCGGCGCCGCUGUCUCAUGUUUAGGGCAUGGCAACAAGCGAGUCACCAAUGCCGUUUUCCAGCAGAUGGCGUCCGGCAUUCCAUACUUAGCCUCGGGAUUCUUUGGCCACGAGACUGUGGACGAUCUUUGCGAAGAACUGAUAAAUGGCACUGGCCGAAAAAUGGCCCGAGUCUAUUUGACUGGUUCAGGAUCCGAGGCUAUGGAAGCCACAUGCAAAUUGGCACGACAGUACUUUUACGAAAAAGACAAAUCUACUCCACGAGUCAACUUCAUUGCUCGAGAAGGUUCAUAUCAUGGCAACACUCUAGGCGCAUUGGGCAUGUCAGGCCACAAAGCACGCCGCGCACCCUAUGCCCCCUUCCUAAUGCCCAACGUCCAUCACGUGUCUUCCUGCAAUCCCUAUCGCCAACGUCUCGCCAACGAAUCCGACGCAUCAUUUGUUUCUCGCAAAGCCGCCGAACUCGAAGCCAAGUUUCAGGAACUUGGUCCCGAAACUGUCAUCGGCUUCUGUGCCGAACCCGUCGUCGGCGCAGCGCUCGGCUGCGUCGCUGCUCUCCCCGGCUACCUAAAAGCUAUGCGCGACGUAUGUCAUCGCCACGGCGCGCUAUUCAUCCUCGACGAAGUCAUGUGUGGCAUGGGUCGCACCGGAACUCUGCACGCAUGGCAAUCCGAAAACGUCGUUCCCGAUCUCCAAACUAUUGGGAAAGGACUCGGCGGCGGCUACCAACCGGUUGCCGGCGUACUGAUUUCGCAAAAAGUCGUCAAUGUUCUCUACAACGGUACUGGACAGUUUAUCCACGGACAAACAUACCAAGGAAUGCCUGUUCAAGCCGCUGCUGCCCUAGAAGUCCAACGUAUCAUCCGUCAGCAUGACGUCCUCGAAAAUGUCCGCACGCAAGGUGCAUACCUCGGCAAACUUCUCAAACAACAUCUUUCCGACCAUCCCAACGUGGGAGAUAUCCGUGGAAGAGGACUUUUCUGGGGCAUUGAAUUUGUGAAAGACAAAAAGAGCAAAGUAGCUUUCGAACCCAAACUAAGCAUUGCGCAAAAGAUACACGAUCUAGCUAUCUCACACCCAUAUAAUAUGACAAUAUAUCCUGGGACAGGCACGGUAGAUGGCAUGUGUGGAGAUCACAUCAUGUUGUCGCCGAAUUAUUUGGUUACGAAAGAGGAUAUUGAAUAUAUUGUGAGGGUUACGGUGGAUGUCAUCGAAACUGUUUUUGAAAAUCUAUAAGGGAGAAUUUAUAAAAUUUACAUUCUGGAUUUGGACUUGGGCUUGGGAAUUAUAUCUUAUAUCAUGUUCUGCUUUAUUUAUGGAGGGCCUUGCAAAAGGACUGAGUACAAGAGGUUGGUUUGGAGAUAGGAGAUUCGGAGAUUGGAGUUAUAUUAGGGAUCCAAGUGUUUUUGAGAGACAGCAUGCAUGGGGAUGGAUUUCCUGAGAGUCUUUUUUUCUGCUACCAUUUUCUACAUGCAAGCUUCAGGGCUCUUCUGUGUUGAGCGAUAUGGGAUUUUGGUUUGGCGUGAAGGAGAAACUUCGUUAUAUGGACGGCAGCAUAGGUAUUUCCUCGUUGCUUGUCUGUUUUUUCAAUUUGGGGGCGUUUAUUGCAUCAUCGAUAAAGAGAUAUAUGCCUGGAACUGCUCUCUAUCUGUACCCUGUAUCCUACCUACAGAAAAGAAAAGUCAAUCAAAACCAAAAAAUGAUUACUCCCAUGAUU